CUGCUGCGUCUGGAACCGCGUCCAGGCGACGAGGAGCGAAGAAGAGCGAGGAGCACAGGACGUUGCGUUUAAUCUGAGAAGCUGCAGGCGAGCGAAGAUGAAUAAACCCGUUUAGCUCGAGCCACAACCGUGUUCCCAGGUCGUCUGUGUGGUCUGCGCGUCUGCUGAGGUCACGGCUAGCUGGACGUGGAGUGGGUUCCCUAGACUCACUGAAGCUUCCUGUUCCAUCCACUCAUCAUGGUGGACUACUAUCAGGUUUUAGGAGUACAACGAGAGGCAUCAGCAGAUGACAUAAAGAAAGCGUACAGAAAGUUGGCCCUACGGUGGCACCCUGAUAAAAACCCAGAACACAAGGAGGAGGCUGAGCAGAAGUUCAAGGAGCUGUCAGAGGCUUACGAGGUCCUCUCCGAUGCCAACAAGAGGACCAUAUACGAUCGCUUUGGCAAAGAGGGCCUGACGGGGAACAAUGGAGGACGAGGGGGGCAUUUCCACAAUGGAGACCAUUUCCAUGAACCAUUCACAUUCCGUAAUCCAGAGGAUGUCUUCAGGGAGUUCUUCGGCGGCAGGGACCCGUUCGCAGACCUUUUUGGUGCUGAUCCUUUUAGUGAUGAUCCUUUUUUCGGCAACGGUCGACGGCACCAAAGUCGUACAAGUCGCAGCCGGGCAGGCGGCUCCUUUUUUGGGGGCUUUGUUGGUUUUCCUCCUUUUGGUGCUGGCUUCUCACCCUUUGACCCAGGCUUCGGUUCUUUUGGCUCCAUGAGCACCAUGGGUCAUAUGGGUCACAUGGCAACCAUGGGGAGCCUAGGAGGUGGAGGCUUCACCUCUUUCUCCUCCACUUCCUUUGGAGGGGGAGGUGGAGGAGGUAUGGGCAGCUUCCGCUCGGUUUCCACCUCCACCAAGAUCAUAAAUGGCAGGAAAAUCACGACCAAAAGGAUUGUGGAGAACGGACAGGAGCGUGUGGAGGUGGAGGAGGACGGGCAGCUAAGGUCAUUAACUGUCAACGGUAAAGAGCAGCUGCUGCGACUGGAACACAAGUGAAGAGCGAAGGGUCCUGUAGUGUUACCUCAGCACAAAAUUGAGCUUGAAGCAGAAGAGAAAGGAGCGACGUGAUGAUGUAAUGUUAGUGCUCUGCUAUUAGAUGUACAUACUUAGGUUGUGCUCAUGUCCCUGAUGUCCUCUCCCUGCUCACCCAGGAUGUGGAUGCAGACUUUUCUAUGCAUUUUCUUUACGUAUUUCUGAAUUGGAGCUGUUGUUAUAUUUUGGCUCAGGGUGGUGUAACUGUUUGUGUUUGGGACCACGAUGUUGUACCGAUGUGUGUGACCAGACCCCUUUUACCCUGCCCCCCCCCUACUUUCUGUGUACACACGUCAUGCGUGUGCUGAGUACACGCACACCUUUGUUCAGAAAACGAGGCAUGACUUUGCUUUUUCAUCUGACUAGUAUAAAGAAGUGUGCAUUUGAUAUGAAAAUGUGAUCAGGAACAGUUAAAGCAUCUUCCCGUUGUCUGUUUACUGCUUGUCUAACCCCUCCUUAGUAUUUUUUAAAUGAGAAAAUACAAUGCCAGUAGGAUGAGUUAUGCAAUUUUACAUGUUCUAAUACCAAUGUGUUUUUGUUGUUUAAUUCUGCAUGUACACAUGUUGAUGUUGAGUCUUAAUGUCACAGCUGCAUAUUAAUGCACAAAUAAUGGAAGGCAUUCUAUAAAUGAUGUAUGAACAGAAAAGGACUUUUGUGAACUUUGUAAACCAAUAAAUCGGAGCUUAAUCCUGUUUUCAGGAUACUGAAGUA